ACUUAACUGCCCUGUCUGAUAAACAAAAUCAAUCGGUACCAAACUUUCAAUUCAGACGGUCAGGGACAAGCUUCGGCGGCGAAGUCUUAAAUCCAAAAUUGUCCGGCGAUAAUGUUGGAGGAGAGAACGACGGUUACUGCUAAUCGAGAGGAUGAAAUGGCGAAAGAAAAAGUCAUUGCAAGAGUCCCCGACGUUAUCAAGACCUUCCGCAAAAGUUGAUUCUGAGGGUAAGAUCGCUCAAGGUUUUGAGAGACGGUGUAUCGAUGACUUCAGAAAACAAGGCAUGAUCUACAACGGUUUUCCGCAUCAGGAAAUCAUCAGCAACAGGAGCACCAGAACAAUGGUACACGUGCACACGUGUUGCUGCAAGAAUGAUCCUUCUAUGCUACUUCUACAAACUGCAGGGACCUUCCCUUACACAUUAGCUGUAAUAGAAAUGUUAUCGAAAUAGGGAAGACUCGCCAAGCAGUGAUUAUAGCAUUGUGUAGAUUUGUUUAGACUGUAAUUAGUUAGAUUUGUAAUGUAGUCAUCUUAGUGUAAAUAACAGACCUAUUUAUCUAUAAAUAGAAUAGAUUUGUAUAUAAUCACAUACAUUUGGUUCAGAAUUAAAAAUAUCCUUUUCCCUAA